CAGCAAACCCUGCGUAGCCUCAGGGGGAGGGAGAGUUUGCGUUUCCACCAGGUCCCCAGGCGAUGCUGAAGCUGCUGGUCGGGUACCAUGCUUGGCGGUCCGGGCACCGAGCUGGGCGGUCCGGGUACCACGCUGAGCGGUCCGGGUACCGAGCUUGGCGGUCCAAGUACCGCGCUGGGCGGCCCGGGCACAGAGCUUGGGGAUACAGGUACCAUGCCGGGCGGCCCGGGCACUGCGCGGGCGGGAGACGGCGCAGGGCCGCGGGACCACAUCUCCCAGGCUGCCCCGCGCUGCUCGCUCGCGCCCCCUGCCGGCGCCUCCUGGGCGCCGCUUGGUGGCGGGGGCCCCCUCGGGGAGUCCGGGAGCGAGCGCGCAAGCCGCGGCGGUUGCGGGCUGCAGAGCAGAGCUGGCCGGAAGUGGGACCCUGAAUACCUCAUUUUUCUUUUGUGGGCGCUGUAUUUACCAGCAGAAGGACCCAUUGGGACAAACAUGAGGAGUGCAGCCAAGCCCUGGAGUCCAGUCACCAGAGUGGGAGGCCGUGGGGUGGACCGCGUGCGACCCCUCCCCCUCCCCCCUCCUGGCAUGAAGAGCUCCAAGUCGUCCACCUCGCUGGCAUUUGAGUCCCGACUCAGCAAGCUCAAGCGGGCCAGCAGUGAGGACACGCUCAACAAGCCAGGCGGUGCCGCCGCUUCUGGGGCAGCUCGACUGAAAAAGACGUCCACGUCCGGGGCCGUCUCCGAACUCGCGGAGAGCCGCCUGAGGGGCCCCCCAGGGACUGUGGCAGCAGCCAAGCGGACAGGCAUUCCCACCCCUCGAGAACUCGCAGUAGCUGUCUCAAGAGAGAGAACGCUGCCACGCGGUCCCUCCAACUCCAGGAAAGCGGUAUCCAGCCCCACCUCUUCCAGCACGCCCACCCCCACCAAGCAUGUGCGGGCCACUCCCACGAGACCCAGGCCGGAGCACGAAGACGCAGAGAAGGCCGCGCUCGAGUCCCAGGUUCGGGAACUCUUGGCAGAAGCCAAAGAGAAAGAUGGUGAAAUUAACAGGCUCCGAAGUGAACUCAAGAAAUGGAUGGAGAAGUGGACUCAGAACACCGAAGGGGCUGACGCUUUGGACCCAAGUGUGGACGGAGCGUCAGUCUUGCCGGGUGACUCGGAGCCUUUGAUCAGAGCCCUCGAGGAGAAGAACAAGAACUUCCAGAAAGAGCUCGCUGAGCUUGAGGAUGAAAACCGGGCCUUGAAGGAGAAACUGACUUAUUUUGAGCAUUCCCCAAAUUCAGAGGGGGGAGCGAGUCACACGGGGGACAGCAGCUGCCGGACGUCGGUAACUCAGGAGUCCAGCUUCGGGAGCCCGAUGGGAAAUGAGUUGUCGGGCGAAAUGGACGUGUGUAAAAAAAGCCCACACGAAGGUGUGUUGCGGACGUCGGGCUCUUCGAGCAGCGAUGUCACCAAGGCUUCCUUGUCCCCGGACGCCUCCGACUUUGAGCACAUCCCAGCAGACGCCCCUCCGGGGCCCCUGUCCCCCGCCGGGAGCCUCGUCAAGAGCUCCAAGUGCUUGGCGGCUGGCAGCUCCCCACACACCGCGAGCGAGCUGUCCCUGGCGUCCCUGACGGAGAAGAUCCACAGGAUGGAAGAAAACCACCACAGCACUGCCGAGGAGCUGCAGGCCACGUUGCAGGAGCUGUCGGACCAGCAGCAGAUGGUGCAGGAAUUGACGGCUGAAAACGAGAAGCUGACGGACGAGAAGACGCUCCUGGAAGCGUCCUUUCAUCAGCAUCGGGAGAGGGCGGAGCAGCUGAGUCAGGAGAACGAGAAGCUGAUGACCCUCCUGCAGGAGCGAGUCAAGAGCGGGGAGCUCAGCACCCAGGAAGGAAAAAUCCUGGAGCUGGAGCAGAAUUGCACGGAGAUCCUGGAGCAGGGCCGCUUCGAGCAGGACAGGCUGCUCAACAUGCAGCAGCAGCUGACCUGCCGUCUGAGGAAGGGCGGGGAGGACCGGGGGGCUCUGGAGACGGUCGGGCUCCUGGAGGAGGAGAACGGGGAACGGACCACCUUCCUGGAGCCGGAACGGCGCGACAGCGGGACCAUGGCCGAGACCCUGGAGGAGUGUCGGGUUCCCUUGGAAGGGCUCAAGGUGGAGAACGGGUCUCUGAAGGCGCACCUGGAGAAUGAGAAGCCGAAAGCCGUAGAGACCAGCCCCCCGGGGCACACGGCCGAGGGCUGUGAGGUUCAGGAAGUGUUGACAGUGGCCCGAGCCGAGAAGGACCAGCUGGAACAGUCCUGCGCGGAGCUCAGACAGGAACUGCUGAAGGCACGUGGUGAGGUUAAGCGUGUCUCAAGCCUGCUGUCCAAGGUGGAAAAGGAUUAUUCUUACUUGAAGGAGAUAUGCGAUCGUCAGGCAGAACAGCUGAGCAGAACCAGCCUGAAGCUGCAGGAGAAAGCGUCGGAGAGUGACGCGGAGAUUAAAGACAUGAAGGAGACCAUCUUCGAGCUGGAGGACCAGGUAGAGCAGCAUCGAGCCGUCAAGUUACACAACAAGCAGCUCAUCAGUGAGCUGGAGAGCAAUGUGAUGAAACUGGAGGAACAGAAGUCGGACCUGGAGAGGCAGCUGAAGACUCUGACGAAGCAGAUAAAGGACGAGACGGAGGAGUGGCGGCGCUUCCAGGCUGACCUGCAGACAGCGGUGGUGGUGGCCAACGACAUCAAGUGCGAGGCCCAGCAGGAGCUGCGUGCUGUCAAGCGGAGGCUGCUGGAGGAGGAGGAGAAGAAUGCCCGGCUGCAGAAGGCCCUGGGGGACGCGCGGGCCCGCGGCAGGUGGGAAGGGGCCCGGAAUCCCCCCGUUUGGCCACUUAACAGCCACCACGUUCCUCUGCACAUCUGUUGCCUUGGCCGUUUCCGAGGCUCAGGAUACAGAGACGGUGCCGGACACACACGUGCCCAGAGCUUCCUUUGCCGUUGCAUCGAUGGGCCUGACGCUGACGUGCGGGCAGCUUUUUCCUGUCCAGGUGAGCAGGGAACCUUCCUUCUCUUCCAGGUGGAAAAGGAUUAUUCUUACUUGAAGGAGAUAUGCGAUCGUCAGGCAGAACAGCUGAGCAGAACCAGCCUGAAGCUGCAGGAGAAAGCGUCGGAGAGUGACGCGGAGAUUAAAGACAUGAAGGAGACCAUCUUCGAGCUGGAGGACCAGGUGGAGCAGCAUCGAGCCGUCAAGUUACACAACAAGCAGCUCAUCAGUGAGCUGGAGAGCAAUGUGAUGAAACUGGAGGAACAGAAGUCGGACCUGGAGAGGCAGCUGAAGACUCUGACGAAGCAGAUAAAGGACGAGACGGAGGAGUGGCGGCGCUUCCAGGCUGACCUGCAGACAGCGGUGGUGGUGGCCAACGACAUCAAGUGCGAGGCCCAGCAGGAGCUGCGUGCUGUCAAGCGGAGGCUGCUGGAGGAGGAGGAGAAGAAUGCCCGGCUGCAGAAGGCCCUGGGGGACGCGCGGGCCCGCGGCAGACCUGUGAAGGAAGAUUCGGAGCCCUCCGAGGUGGAUGCUCCUGGCCCGUGGCACGGCGGCUACGUGAACAGAACUCCUCCGACAUCUUCAGAGUCUGCAACCACCGUUAAAUCCCUUAUCAAGUCAUUUGACUUGGGGCGUCCAGGUGGAGCUGGGCAGGACAUUUCUGUCCAUAAGGCCUCCAGGAGCCCCCUGAGCGGAAUCCCCGUGAGGACCACUCCAGCUGCCGCUGUUUCUCCAAUGCAGAGGCAUUCAACCUUCAGUAGUGCUCGGCCGGCCAGCAAAGGAGUGACUCAGCGCUUGGAUCUCCCAGACCUUCCCCUCUCAGAUCUUCUGAAGGGAAGGGCCGAGGACCUGAGACCAGACCCUUAUCUCCGCAAGAGCCCCUCGCUCGAGUCCCUGAGCAGACCUCCUUCUCUGGGCUUCGGGGGCUCCAGGCUGCUGAGCGCUCCCACCGGAGGCUGGAAGCCACAAAGCAAACUCAGCGUGGAAAGAAGAGACCCCCUGGCUGCCUUGGCCCGGGAAUACGGUGGCUCCAAGCGCAACGCUCUUCUGAGGUGGUGCCAGAAGAAGACAGAGGGCUACGCGAACAUCGAUAUCACCAAUUUCAGCAGCAGCUGGAGUGAUGGCUUGGCCUUGUGUGCUCUCCUGCAUACCUACCUGCCUGCUCACAUCCCGUACCAGGAGCUGACCAGUCAGGAGAAGAAAAGAAAUCUCUUGUUGGCAUUUGAAGCAGCUGAAAGUGUAGGCAUCAAACCCAGCCUGGAGCUCAGUGAGAUGCUGCACACAGACCGGCCCGACUGGCAGAGCGUGAUGCAAUACGUGGCCCAGAUCUACAAGUACUUCGAGACGUAAGUCUGGAGUCAGUGCUUGCUGCUCGUCCCUGCUCCGUCCACCGCCCAGCUUGCCCAGGGCCAGCACACACACAAGAAACAGCCAGGUCCACCAUGCCCACCUUGAACGCCGACGCACGUGGCCCGUAAGUGGAGGGGGGCCACGCUCUCUUGGGCCCCCUUCUCCGCGGGAGCCCAGCGGUGUGUUCACUGGAGCUGCCCUGAAUCUCACGACAAACAGCACUUCCAAACCCCACCGUCUCUACUACAGAUGCUGGCUUCUGCCUCUGUAACAACUCGCCACUUGACACCUCCCAGACCCCUCCAAAAGAAAAAUGCCCAACAAAACACAAAAAGAGAAAGUCUGCUCUCAAGCAGCCCUGAAACACACGAGCGCCCUGCGUCCUGGGGAAAAGACUUGCGUCCUCAGUAAGGACUUCACCACCUUUAGGUCUCCUGUCCCUUAUUUGAUUCUUUGGGUGGAAGAUCAAACUUGAGAUGUAAAGGAGCCCCUGGGUAGUUUGCUAGGUGUCCCUGGGAGGGACAGGAGGAUGUGUGUCUGGGACGCAGUCACACCAGGACCCCGUGCUCAGCAGCGGCGGACGGGAAGCCUCCGUGACUGUCACCUGCUCCGAGUGUCCUGCACGUAUUCACGCCCCAUCCACACCCACACGUUUGCCCCGCACGGAACCUGACAAAGUCGCUCAGACAGAAGGCACUGGCCUGUGCUGGCCGGGGUCCUCGUGCUUUUGCACAAACAGCUGGAGGACGUGUACUUCUUGGGAUGCUGGGCAGACGGCGAUGUAAACAGUAUUUCAACUCUGGCUCUGGUUUUAGCCCUUCCCCAGGCCGCCUGCAUUUGCACGGCAAAGGACGCCCUGGGGGCAGGCAGAGCCGGCUGGGGUACAGCUGAAGGAGGCAACUCAGUUUCCCUAGAGCCUGCAGUGACCCUAAGCGGCAGCAGAGCCCUCUCCAGAGCCGCCCUCCGCCUGGGAGGUGCAGGUGCAGGUAAUCACCCGGGCAAAUAAAGGAACAUUACGUAGCAAGCGAGGUUCCCCCUGGCCCAGGGGGUCCCACAGCUGCUGCUUACAUCAGCGCCCGUCGGCCAGGGUCCUUCCCACGGCCCCAGAGCCCAGGGCAGCUGGCGCGGUACUCCCUGCAGGCUGGUAGGAGCCCUUGUUCGUAGCCGGGGCCCCAUCGGUCCCUGUCCUGGGGGCGGCUGAGCUCGGCCCUCCCUCCCGUCCGCCUUGGAGGAGGCAUCCGGGUCCCACACGGCGCCCGUCCCUCCACCUCAGGCUGCCGAGGCUGCUGGCUGGGGUCCUUCUGCAGGGGGCUCGUUGAAAACACACACUCCUCACCUGCCCCAGCGUGGAGUCAGAGUACUGGGAAGGGGACCAGGGUUGCGUUCUGUAUAUUUUCAAAGUCCCCGAGAAGCACUGAAAGGAGAGAGUCUGGUGACGGUGGCCGUGAUGAUUUGUCUUCACGUGGAAGCUGGAGGCACCACCCGGACAGGUGUAGCUCUCGCCUUCCUGAGGGGCGGUCCGCUGAAAGAUACUCCCGGUGUCUCCUCGUCCCCCGACCCUGCCUUGCUUGCUUCCCCAGGAGUGGGGUUGGGACGCUGCUGGCUGUGUGCAGCCUGGGGUCACCGCGAGGCUCCGUGUGGGAGGGGCCUGGGCGCUGCGGUGUCCUGUCUUCAGUGAUCACUGAGGGGGUUCGGAAUCGGCACGGAGCCUCUGCGGUGGAGGUGUUGCUGUUUCCCCUCCCCCCGUGCUGGGGCUGCUGCCGCCUUUAGGCUAAAAAGAGGAGAGGAGGCCAUGUGCAAUUUGUUUUUAUAACGCAAAGAGGUUGCCUGACUGCUUUGCAGCAAGAGCACCCUUAGGGCACAGGGCACCUGUGUCCUGCCCGCAGGGACAAGGGUGGCGUUGGGGCAGGUCUGGCCCUGCGGGGCCCGGGGGUGCCGGCUCAGGCCUUUCAGCACUGCAGGGUCGGGGCGGGGUGCAGGGGGGCCGUCGCGUAGGUCAGGUUUUAACUGGGGAGCUCGGAGCACAAGGUGAGUGUGGAACACUUGAGAACACACGGUGUUUACUGUCAGCAAACCGCAUCCUCCCCAGUUUUCUGUCCUGAGGUUUUCAGAGGUCACAGUAUCCGUGUUACUUCCCAGCUUCCUUCAGCCAGUACUUUGUCACUUAAAAUUAUUUGGUGGUUCUACAGAUCCUUUUUCCAAAAAAUGUAUUAUUUUUAUACACAAGAUAGAUGCAGAAUGCAAGACCCCCCAAGAGUGGAGGGGUUCUGUUUGUUGUAUUUUUAAAGACAUGAAGAGAAGUCCGUGGUUCUUUGCGUUGAGUCGUCUCGCAGCUGAUGGUGGCCCCACGGGCCCUGCCCCAGGGCUCGGUGUCUGGGCAACCAGGCAAAUUCACCCACCUCCCAUUCUGUCCCUCCUCACUUCAGAAACGACGACGGUCUUUGGUUUUCCUUCUUCACCCAGCUGUUGUUUUAUAGCUUUUGUUGAUUCCACCCAGAGGAUCCUGAGCGGCUCACACCUGGCGUCACGGUCCCCAGACCCACAGGCUGCUUUCCCAGUCGCCCCCCACGUCCCCGCUGAGGGGACAGGCACCGCGCUGCCUGGGGACAGAGGUCUCGGUCGUCAGAUACAAGCCCCUUUGCCAAAUCCAGCCCUAGUUCUUCCCAGCCCAGAGCUCGAGGGCCAUUUGAAAGGAGCUGACCAGUGACGUGCAGCAAAGGACAGGACCCAGCAACCUUUUUAUAAAGGAUUUUUAAUAUCGCGUGUGCCUGGCAUCACUGCGGGUUUCACUUCUCCGACCCAGGUUAGAGUUGGGCUAAACCUGUGGUGUCCCGAAUAGCUCAGUAACUUCGACUGCAUGAGUGGAAUGCAGCAGUGCGUUUGUGGCCUCAUUUCUGCCAAGAGCACAGACCGUGCCCAGCGCUGUCAGGACGCAAUAGAGGCGUGUGUAACUGUGAACGUGGACGCGUGCGAUGUAUGGCUCUGUAAUAUUUCUAAUAAAUAUAUUUUGUUUCUGUCUGACUA